AUUAAACUUCCAUAUUUAUCUACAAUUAAAAAUUAUACUUACAAAUUAUAAACACACAACCAGUGCUUUUAGCAUUUGUCUAGAAGUGUACAACACAAAUAUGAUGGGAAGGAGUGUAGGAUAGAACAGCUCGUUCCAACUUGCUUGCUCGGAACUUGAAAAGUAGUACAACCUAAAACCGUUCAACAGAGGCAGACAAAAGUAAACCAGGCUUCUGCAAAACCACCUUUUUAGUGUUUUCUUUUUUACACAGAGAAAAGGAAAAAAAAAAAAAAAAAGAGGAUUUUACAGAGUAAAAAUUUAAAUCUAUAUUACAUCGUUGGGUUUUCUUUUAUUAAAAUUGUACAGGCCCUUCUUAUCAUGCGCCAGGGUAGAAUUACUGGGUCCCUUAACGUACGCUUCACACUUAACCGCAGGUCUGGUAAAGCGCGGAGGUUCCGAAAACUGGCCUUGGAGGGGCCCCUGCUGUUGCAGCCUCAGAUAACUGAAGACGCUGCUCCGUUUUGCUCUGUUUUUGUUUCUUCUGAUUCGCCCGUACUGACCAGCCGAUUUUGCAUAUUGCUCUACUACUGUACUUCCUCUCUUUUUAUUACUGUUUAGGGGCACGUAUGUCGUAUAAUAGUUUAAGUCUUCAUAGCUAAGGAAGAAAAAAGAAGCUAAUAGAUAGUGGUUGGAGCUUUGGAAUAGUGUCUAGAUAACUGGGUUUUUAUUUUUCUUAUGGGUUUACAGGGGUUUUGUUACUUGAUCUGAGUAUUUGGGUUUUGGGAAAGAGGAUUAGGGUUUUGAUGAAAAAACAAGGUAACCCAUGUCCGAUUCUGUCAUAAUAUCAAUAUAUUCUCGAUCGCUUUCUUGCUGAGUUUGGGUUGAUGAAAAGAAAAGAGUUGAAAAAAGAUAAGAUUUUUUGGAUUUAUUAUAUAUGGUAGAUUUGGGGGAGUUCUUAUUUGGCAUCUCAAUUAUUUAUUAACAUCAAGGGAAACAAAAGAAAAAAAAGAAGAUAGAAUGAAAAGAAACGUAGAGAGAGCUUGCUAGAGAGGGAAAAUCUGUAUCAUUAUUAUUCCUUGUUUGGUGCAUACAAGCUACCAUCUUUAAUUAGCUAGCUAUUCUAUUUUUGUCAUUAUUCGUCACUAAAAAUUCUUUAGGGAGAGAGAGAGAGAGAAAGAGUCCAAAGACAAAAGAAUAACAAGAAGGUAGAGAAAGGGAUAACCAAAUGAAGUACUUUGAAUUUGUUUUUCAUCUUUCAUUUCCUCUUUCUUUCCCUUAAGCUAACGAGUUUCAGAGCAAUAUGACGAAUCGAUGGUGGGCAGGUAAUGUGGCCAUGAGAGGAGUCGAUUCCAUGUCUUCACCUCCAUCGCUUCAGCUAAGAAACACAGAUGAAGAUGCCAACAAACUCGGUCCAAGAAGAGAGCAAGAGUUCAUAAAUGACAACAAUCUUACCAUAACAACAACUCCUCCUACCAAGAACAUCAGCCCCCAAAAGCAGAGUCAUCACCAUCAAAACCUCGAAGACGACGACAGCGGCGACGACCCCAACUCAGCCGGUCACGAAAGCUUCGAGCCAAGUGGAAGUGGAGGAGGAGGAGGAAGCAGCAAUCGCAGGCCACGUGGCAGACCCCCGGGUUCCAAGAACAAGCCUAAGCCUCCGGUAGUGAUCACAAAGGAGAGCCCAAACGCUCUUAGAAGCCACGUUUUGGAAAUCAGUAGCGGAAGUGACAUAGUUGAGAGCAUAGCCACUUUUGCUCAAAGGAGACACCGUGGGGUUUCUGUCUUGAGCGGCAGCGGCAUUGUCACCAACGUCACACUCCGGCAGCCGGCUGCUCCAGGGGGUGUCAUCACGCUGCAAGGGAGGUUCGAGAUUCUAUCCUUAUCCGGGGCAUUCCUGCCUAGCCCUUCUCCACCUGGUGCAACCGGUUUGACCGUUUAUUUGGCUGGCGGGCAGGGGCAGGUGGUUGGUGGGACGGUCACCGGAGCUUUGGUGGCGUCUGGGCCUGUGAUUGUCAUUGGUGCAACCUUUAUGAAUGCUACAUUUGAGCGGUUGCCACUCGAGCAGGAGGAGGAGGCCCCAGCCGCUGCAGGCGGUGGGGAAGGGACACAACUAGUGGAACAACAGCAGCAGCAGCAGCAAGCUGGAGUAAAUCCUGGAAGUAGCAGCAGUAAUCCUAGUACUACUCAGGCUAUGGGUGGUCAUGAUCAUCAUCAGCAGCAGCAACAUCCUUCGGUUCCAAUGUUCAAUUUGCCACCAAAUUUGAUGCCUAAUAAUGGUCAGGUGCCCCAUGACAUGUUCUGGGGUCCUCCUGCUCGGCCACCUCCUCCUUAUUGAUCCCUCGUAUGAGAAUUAGAUAAUAUUAUAUAAGUUAGAGAAGAGUUUUAUGCCGACUUUUUUCCUUUUUUUUUGGUCAUUUUGAAAAAUGUUAUGGUUGAUCGUUUUGAUCUUGUAAGCAGUAGUAGCUAUAGCUAGGUAGAGCUUGUUUUGAUCAUUUUAAGUCUUUUUCAUUUUUCCCCUCGUGAAUGUUAUUUUAUUUUCUAAUUUAGGUUUUAAACUGCAUGUGUUUAAUAAUGUAUCAUCAUUCAUCAA